AUGCAAUUCUCAAAAUAUUUACCUAGAAUUAUAAGAUAUAACCUAAGAAGAUGUUGGCGUAAGAAUGAUUGCAGAUAUAAAUCUUUUAGCUCUUCGAGUCCCAUUGUUUUGGGCAUAGAAACUUCGUGUGAUGACACAGGCUGUGCAAUUUUAAAUAGAAGAGGGGAUAUUCUUGGAGAAACUUUAUUUUCCCAAACAGUUGUACAUUUGAGGUACGGAGGUGUCAAUCCAUUAAUAGCUAGAGAUAUGCAUCGUGAAAAUAUUGAAAAAGCAGUAUUUAAAUGUUUAGAAAAUUCUUCUUUAUCCAUGGACAAUAUUGAUGCUAUUGCUGUUACUGUGAAACCUGGUUUAUUAAUUAGUUUGGAAAUUGGUGUAAAGUAUGCCAAAUAUCUUUCAAAAAUUUACAAAAAGCCCUUAAUUCCUAUACAUCAUAUGGAAGCGCAUGCCUUAGCUGCCAGAAUGUUUCAAGACAUACAGCUACCAUUCCUAACAUUGCUAAUUUCUGGUGGUAACUGUCUAUUAGCAUUUGUGAGAGAAAUCGAUGAUUUUCUCUUGCUCGGCGACACUUUGGACAAUUCACCCGGAGAAGUUUUCGACAAAGCUGCUAGGAGGAUGAAAUUGAGAAAUUUACCAGAAUAUUCAGGGAUUGCUGGUGGUAGAGCUAUUGAGAUGGCAGCUAAAAAAGCUGUUGAUCCAUUUCAAUUUGAUUUCCCGUUACCAUUGAAUAGAAACAGAGAUUGCAAUUUCAGCUUCAGCGGUCUUCAGGAUUCUUUUUUGAGACAUUUGUUACAUAAAGAAAAAUAUCAUAAUAUCAUGGGUGAUGAAAUUAUUCCAGAGGUAAAUGAUCUGUGUGCAGCAUUUCAAUUGGCAAUGGCUGAACAUAUAGCACAUAGAACGGAAAGGGCCAUUAAGUAUUGUGAAAUGACUAAUCUGUUCAGAGGGGAUGUUAAAAAUAUUGUUGUGUCCGGAGGAGUUGCCUGUAACGAUUUUAUCUUUAAAAGUAUUGAGUGUAUUGGUAAUAAGUAUGGAUGCAAAGUCUUUAGACCUCCGCCCAAAUUAUGCACUGACAAUGGAGUUAUGAUAGCAUGGAAUGCCUUGGAGAAGUUAAAACAUAAGUCAGAUAGUGUGAAUGAACCUUUAGAAAUUAAUCCCACUGCACCACUCGGUAAAAAUAUAAUUGACAAAGUUAAAGAAUCAGAUAUACAAGUGAGAGUUACGAGAUUAAAAAAGUUUAAUAUUAUGUAA